AUGAAGUUCGUCGCAGUGAUCGCGUGCGUGUUUCUCGCGCUUCAUCUUGCGUGUGCCGCCCCUGUGGAGGUGAGCAAUUUACCCGCCAAUCCAAAGACCGACCUAACCCGACCGGUGGAAUCGGUGAAACCUGUCGAAGCGGCUGAGCAGACAGCGGACAAUGCGGUGGUAGAAACGGCAGCGGCCGUGGCUCCGGAGGCUGACGUACAGCUGGUCGAGGAGCCCUUGGAGCAGGUGAGCAGUCUCGUGGAGGAGGACGCAGUCGAAGGAAGCGAAUCGAGUUCCCGGUCGAGACGAUCGGUUGCUUGUACCGAGGUUGAAGGUGAGGAUGGCGUGAAGCGAACCGUGUGCGAUCAGGAUCAAGAGACCGAGAGCAGCGUCGAUAGUGGGGUGACGUUUGAGCGUGCGUACGGUGGAGGUCACGGUGGUGGUCAUCAUGGCGGCCAUUAUGGUGGCCAUCACGGCGGACAUCACGGUGGACAUCACGGAGGACAUCACGGAGGACAUGGAGGAUAUGGACACCAUGAGACCCACGGUUACGGACAUGGCCACGAGCACAAGGAACAUGGAGGCUACGAGCAUAAGGGUCACGAACAUGGAUAUGGUCACGCAGAACACAAGGGUUACGGACACACCGAGCACAAGGGUUACGGACACGCCGAGCACAAGGGUUACGGACACGAGCAUAAGGGUUAUGGACACGAGCAUAAGGGUUAUGGACACGCCGAGCACAAGGGUUAUGGACACGAGCAUAAGGGUUACGGACAUGGUCACGAGCACAAGGGUUACGGCCACGAACACAAGGGCUAUGGACAUGGUCACGAACACAAGGGUUAUGGACAUGGCCACGAGCACAAGGGAUACGGACACAUGGAACACAAGGGUUACGGACACGAGCAUAAGGGCCACGAACACAAGGGAUACGGACACGAGCAUAAAGGAUACGGACAUGGCCACGAGCAUAAGGGUUAUGGACACAUGGAACACAAGGGUUACGGACACGCCGAGCAUAAGGGUUAUGGACACGAGCACAAGGGUUAUGGACAUGAGCACAAGGGUUACGGACAUGGUCACGAGCACAAGGGUUACGGACACGCCGAGCAUAAGGGUUAUGGUCAUGAGCAUAAAGGAUACGGAGGACACGAAGGUCACGGAUACGAGCACGGUCACGGCCACGGCCACGGCCACGGACACGGUCACGGAGGAUACGAGCACAAACAGAUGCACCACGCAUACGGCCACGGACACGGUCACGGCCACGGAGGACACGGAUAUGAGAGUCAUGGCCAUGGUGGAUACGAGCACAAGAAGGUGCACUACCGAUCUGUGUCCUACGAACCACCAGCGUCCAAAGGUCACGAUAGCGGCUAUGGUGGCCACGCUGCACCAGUGAAGUGCGGAUCUAAUCUGCUUGUCGGAUGUGCUCCGACGGUGGCGAAGGUCCCUUGCCAGCCAGUGCAUGAUCAUGGUUACGGACACGACGGUGGUUACGGAGGACACGGAGCUGCCUCGGAGCUGGCCAUCCGCUUCGCAGCCCCAGAACCCGUCGAGGAGCUUGAGAACCUUAGCUUAGAGUAA